AUGUUUCCUAGAAGUGAUAGUGAGGACAAUGGUAACUACGAUGACUUUAUGUACUCUGAUGAUGAUGCCAUGAGUAGUGGAGAUGAUAUGGAAUUUGAGAGCGACAACGAUAAUAAUAGUAGUAGUAAUAACAAUAAUGGUGGAAAUGUUCCUCAAGAGAACGCCGAUGAAAUACCGUUGGAUCGUCGUUAUGACGAAUUAAUGGAAGUCGUUGAUGAAUUGUUUGAAGUACAUAAUUUUGCUUUAGCCCGUGAAAAAUUGGCAGAGUUUCCAAGCAAUGAAGCGUUUUCUUCUAAAACAGUCUUUAAAGUACACCUCAAGGAACUUGAAUCAUGGGUUCAAGAACUUAAAUUUUGUACAACAUAUCCUUCUGCAAAGGAUGUAGCUCUUACAAUGAUAGAGAGUAUGUCUAUAUUUACUUAUUCCGAAGAUUUAAUUGAGGAUAAUGAAGUUCUUGGUAUCGUUAAGCUUGUGGAUGAUUUAAUAAUUGGCAAAGAAUUUUCAUCAAAAUGUGGUUUAUUGUUUAAUUUAACAGAAGAGAGAAAGGCUAUUUUAUUGAAAUCAAUUGAAUUUUAUAGAAGUUUAUUAUCUGAAUUGGAAGGUGUGUUAAAUUUUGAAUUCACCCCAAGUUGGAUUGGUCGUAUAGUUUUCUUAUACAAAUAUAAAAUUCAUUAUUUAACUAUAGUUGAUGCUAUAGUUAAGGAUAAAGAAGUUCCACAAACCACUAUGAAAUCUUUGCAAACGAUGUUAGAUCACACUACCAAUUUAUUAUCUGUUAAUGGAUCGGGUCUUGAUCCCAAGUUAUUAGUAGAUUUAUUAAGAAUUAAAACGGAAGCUAUUAUUUAUCAAUUUAUUCGUCAUGGUGGAUCACCAUCUAGCGAAUAUCGUGAAGGUGUUGAAAACAAUGUUAUGAAAUUAGAUGAUCUUAUUUAUGGAUCUUCAACAUUGAAACAUGACCCAAAGCUCAUUGUAAUCUCUAAAACAGGUUGCGGGAUACAUUACAUGCCAAGGAGUAUACUUGAUGAUGUAGAAUCAACUGGAUAUGGUCCAGGAAGCAGUAGAUUGGAUACUUUCCUGGAAAGAAUGAAAGAUACUAAGAAGAUGUUCAUAGAAGCAUUAACAAAAUUUGAAGAAAUUGGAUAUGGUAGAUCUUCAUCAUCUGAUUUACAAACUUAUCAUAAAUUAUUAGUUGGAUUUAUUGUCUUAUCGAGUAUGGUACAACUGAAAACAAAUAAACUUGAUUUUAAUGUGAAGGUAGGUAAAAUCCCAGUUGUUGAUCCUUUCACAUUUGAAGAAAUUCGUAUUAUUGAAGAUACUCCAUUUGUACAAUUAUUGAAAAAAAUAAAUCAAGAUUGGCUUAAAUGUGAUGUUGCUGCAUUAUAUGACGAUUUUAACCAAUUUGGUCAAUUAAAGAUAACAUUAGGCUAUUUCCUUGAAAAAAUUUUAAUUUUGACUCAAUCUAUGAAAUUAUGGACACAAAUUGCACCAAAUUAUAAUUGUCUAUCUGUUAAAGAUAUUUGUAAACAAUUAACAUAUGAUAAAGAAAAACCAAUGACAAGAGAUGGACUAUUAACUUUGUUAAUGACCUCUAUAAUGAGGGGUAAUGCUGAUGUUUACUACAAGAUUGAUUUUAUUGAUGAUGUAGUAUAUUUUGGUGAUGAAUAUAAAGUCCCUUUAACUCUAAGUUCACAUCAUCAGCCAUCGUUAAAGGGUAAAGAUGAACUAACAAGUUAUGAAUUUGCAAAUGACGUAGGUGUAAGAUCAGUUGAAUCCAUCCAUUUUGAUCUAGACGUCCGUGGUGCAUAUUUCUUUGAUCAAUUGAAACAAGCUCGUAUUGAACAUACUCAUGUACCUUCCCCAGUCAAGACAGAAUUAGCCAAUACAGAUAUUGCAAAAGAUGGAUCACAACCAACAGCCAAGGAACAACAGGCCAAGCUGCACGAAAAAUAUAUGCAAUUAGUCGGCAUGGCAGAGAAAAACAUCGACAAACUUGAAAGAAAACAACGGGACAACGAACGAUAG